AUGAUAUCACCCGAAGCAUUCGAUCGACAGCUGUCUUCUCUAAUACCGAUAAUAUCCAAAUGGCGUUUAUGUGUACGCCUUGAUCUACGCCAAAACACCGAAAUUGGUGUACAUUGUGCUUAUGUUCAUUCGAAUCACCCAAAUUUGCCCGAUGUGACUUUCGAAAUUUCUAUUCAAUUCAAUCCUAUCUAUCAAGAGCCCUUUUUGACUUUUAGAAUAUGGAAAACCAAGUGUGUUGACGGUUUCGAAAAGCGCGAGUUGUGGUUUCCCAGUAAUCUUAGCACAGUAUUGAAUACCACUUUUUUCCAGAUAGGUUUGGACUACAUGGAUCAAAGCAGCGGCGAGGCCUGGUUUCAAGUACACUGUUGUGAUACCAACGACAUUACGGGACAAGAAAAUGAUAAGUAUUUAAAAAGAUGGUUCUCUGUUUAUUUGACUUUGUUUGAUGAAAGAAUCGGUACGAUAUUUCAAGAUUUAGCUUAG